AUAAAGAUGGCCGCGCUCGCGCCAGCCCCGGUGAAUUGCUGUUUUGAGUUGUGUAUUUUGGUGUUGCUUGUUUUUGGCGGUCAGUGUUCAGAGCAAGCUGAACCGAAUUCCUUGUUCCAAAGAAGACCAGCUUUUCUUCCACACUGCUUUUCUCAUUCUCAUUGGUCGCGAUCUGUGGAGGAGGAACUGGCGCGCGUGUCCCAGGUAGCGGAGCGCAGGACGAGGAAGCGCGCGCGCGUGAGCUCCGACGGCGGCAGGGAACACGGUUCGGUUCUCACCGGAACACGCGCAGCUCCCAGCUUUGUGGAAUAGACCUGAGCAACCGGAGAAUCAGGACAGAAGGGAAUUUAACAUCACGUCUUUUGUUGUUUCCGAAAAAAGCCGGAUACGCGAGGCGUCGAUUCCGGACAGCGCGCGCACCAGCUCGAGCCCGCAGCCUCGCAUUUACACCUUUUCAGUGUGUAGUGAGAUGCUUUGGUCAGACUGUAAAGUUGUGGAGGCUCUAAAGGGAAGGCGGAGGUCCAGGCGCGGCUCCAUGCGUGGCUCACGCCUGAAGCUCUCCUGCUCCUUCUGGUUUGUUCUGUUAUUCGGAGCUGGAGGUUUGAUACUCUUCAUCCACCUACAGGACCUGUCAGACAUGGUGCAGCAGCAGGGACCAGGGGUCAAUUUCAACGGCUUGACGUGGCAGAUGAGAGAGGAGCUGUGUGCCCAACAUGACCGCAACAUUACAGACAGAGCGGCUUCACAUCCUUUGGGCAGACAAUCCAGGCCUGUUGACCCGAGUGCUGAUAACUUUGUCUCAGCUACACAGUUUCCAGCUUUCAAUUGGAACAAACCAAAUCAAGCUUCUCAUGGUGUUACCAAACGCCACAGGAAGCUUCUCAAGACCAACGCAGCUAUCCGGCCACUCUCCAACUCCUCGUCAUCAUCAGAUCCGACACCCAAGAGCUGGCAGCAUUUCUACCGCAUGCAGAAAACUCGUCACCGGUUGAUCAAGGAAGUCUGUGCCAAAUACCGGAGCAACAUCUCGAGAACAAUAACGCCACACCAUGUGUCUCGCAUCUAUGUAGAGGACAGACACAAGUUGCUCUACUGCGAAGUGCCCAAAGCGGGCUGCUCUAAUUGGAAGCGAGUGCUGAUGGUGCUUGCUGGUGUUGCGUCCUCCACACACAAGAUAAACCAUGACACUGUCCACUACGGCAACCACCUAAUGCGCCUGGACAGCCUUGACCAGCACGCGGUUUCUGAGCGCCUCCGUUCCUACACCAAGGUGCUGUUCAUUCGAGAGCCAAUGGAACGUCUGGUUUCGGCAUUCAGGGACAAAUUUGAGAGCCCGAACUCAUACUAUCACCCUGUGUUUGGCAAGCCCAUUAUCUCCAAGUACAGAGUGAACGCAUCUAAAUCAGCACUCAGGACAGGAAGCGGUGUCACUUUUCAGGAGUUUAUCCGCUACCUGCUGGAUGUACACCGUCCCAUUGGCAUGGACAUCCACUGGGAGCCUGUAAGUCAGCUGUGCAGUCCAUGCUUACUCGAUUACGAUUUCAUCGGCAAAUUCGAGACCAUUGAGGAGGAAGCUAACUUCCUCUUGCGGAGAGUGGGAGCGCCGAAAAACCUCACCUUCCCUACUUUCAAGGACAGAAACCCAGAAGCUGCGAGGACUUCCACACACAUCACACAGCGUUACUUCACACAGCUCAGUGCCUCAGACAGGCAGAGGGUUUAUGACUUUUACUAUAUGGACUAUCUGAUGUUUAACUACUCCAAACCUUUUCAUGAUGUGUACUGAUCAACUGAUGGCUCGCAUCGUCAUGGUUGCUAGUGUAUAAGCUGUCAGUAACUAAAGUGUGAGAAUUACAUUGUAGUAGUUCAUUGUUACGUCACACCAAUAAGUUUGCACUUAACACAUUCCAGUUGGGAUUGAAACAGAGCGAGGAAUGACUAGAAAUGAUACUAAAUGCGUUGUUUCGAGCUCGGUUAUGCAUUCCUCGUAUGAAUGCUGGCCUAUGAACCUCUUAAUUCCUCAUCAUUUCCUUCUCUUAAUGUAACAUCCCCACAUUCAUGAUUAUAUUAUUUAAAUACAAUGUAAAAUGUAACUAUAAUAUUGUAUUAUUGUAAAAAAAAAAAAAAAAAAAGAAAAGAAAAGAAAAGAAAAGAAAAGAAAAGAAAAGAAAAGAAAAGAAAAGAAAAAAGUGAUUCAGAUAACUAUAUAUUUUUCUAUGUAUUUGUACAAUAGCUUUAUGUAUAGCUGUAGGUGUGUGAAUGCCAGCAAUCUUACACCGAUACGAGAGAUACACAUCACCAUGCAAAGCUUGUUCAAAUUUCUCUCAUAGAAGCUAAGUUCCAACUAAACCGAACUGUUUCUCAUUAUCGUCGUGAAGAUCAGUGAUGCCACAAACGUUUUCUCUCAUAUAAAUAUCCUUAUAAAGACGACUUCCAGGUGAAUAACAGAAAGAUUUCCCCAGAAACCUCGCUGUAAUAAUCUGAGAUGUAUGCUCCUCAGAGAACAUAGCAAACCGAGUCUAAGAGAAUAUAUAAGCUUUUAGGAUCAAUUAUACAAAUGUUGUACAGUACAAAACACAUCACAGUGCUGUUUGCCCAGUUUUCGUUUCUUUACUGUGCACACACACACACACCUCACUGCUCAGGAAGCGAGAGAAACAGAUAUCAUAUAAAUAUAGAUGGGAUAAGGCUUCGGUUACCUCAUUAGCAUUACUCUAGCUCAUCCCUAAAUACUUCCCUCCCACUGCAAACCCACACUAAAGCACUAAAGUACACGCUGAUGUACUUACCGCACUCCCGCAAACACCCACCACACGUUUAGAGAACGAUCUGGCCUGCAACCAUUUCCUAUGAGGCUCUAACACCUGCUUUAUUGAAAGUUAGAAAAUGCUCCUAAAAGCCUGAACAUGUCAAAUUGGUGUAAUCAGAAUAGGGUUAAGAAAGAUGUUUUCCACCUAUGGAAAUCCAGUGGCACCAUCCAUCCUGGACAAAGCUGAUCCUGGAUCAUUGAGUGUUUGGUGAGGAUUCAAUUCUCUUUUAAAUAAGCAAAUGCUUGAAAACUCUUGAUUGUUGAUAACACCGUGGCACAGGGGGAUUUUCAGGACAAGAUAUAAUUGCUGGAUUGAAACAACAUUAAAAGUGUAUUCUGUUUGGGUUUUGUCUGAAGAAGUUUUUAAAGCACUACAAAUCCACUAAAACCACUGCCAGAAAUCAGACAUCUAAGUCUAAGCACAAAGUUUUCUACUUAAGAAUCCAAAAUAAGCAUUAAGUAAGGAUUACGAUUAAAUCUACAACUUUUUAAUAGUCCUUGCUGUGACUAUGUGAAUUUGAAUACACUGAUAUGUUUGACUAAACAUUCACUCAACCAUCUUGUGAUGAUAUAAAUGUCACCCAAUCAGAGUUUUCUGAUGAGUUUGGAUGUAGAUUCACAAGGAAUGAGCUAUAUAAACUCAUAAAACAGGUAAACACCAUAUUUCACAUAUUACUCAUCCUUUCUAGCACUGAUAAUGGGUUUAUUUUCAUUUUUUUUGGUUGAUCGAAUGAAGAACGAUAGAAAUCCAAGGUCUAGUCUAUACUAACAGGGGUUAAGACAUUUACUCAUUCAUUUUGGCUUUUCAUUUAUAGUAAAACUUUAUUUUUCAGCCACAGAAAACAAUUUUUGAUCUUGAAAAUUCUUGAAAAUGUAGCCUUUCGAUAUCAUUUUAACAAGUUUACGUCAACUCCAAGAUGGUGACGCUCAUUGUGAUGCUUUUUUUCUGUAUAAAUAAAAAUAAUAAUCAUUUCUAUUAUUACUAUGGCAUGCAAGAAGAUCCAUUUAUGAUGUUCUAAAGAAAAGAAAUUGGCAGUAUUUCCUACAUAAUUCUUAUCAUAACCCCUUGGAGGCUUAAGACUGCAGCAACUAGCGUCAGUCGCUAGUGCACCUCUUUAGAUCAGGGGAGUGAGGUUUACCUGCACAGCAUUUACCAGUGACCUCCUUUACACUCCCCCCUAAACCUUACUCCCAUCCGGGUCACGGCACCAAUGUAACCCCACAGGACCUACUCGCACUCCACUCCAAGCGGGUCUCGAACCCGUGUCUAUGGCAUCGGAGGCAGGCACACUAACAAUGAGGCUAAAGACUACAGCCACUAGCGUCAGUCGAUCAGGGGAGUGAGGUUUACCUGCACAGCACCUACCACUGGCCUCCAUUACACUAGUGUGGGCAGAACACACAUAAACACACACACUAAUCAAAUUCACCUGCACUAGUAUGGACUAGACCUAGGUCUGUAUCUUCAAAUAAUCCACUCUUUACCGUAGUUUGAGUUGUUGCAUGAGCACCAGUUUCGCUCUCUUGCAAACUGAGGAAAAAUUAUAGAGAAAGCUGAAUAAAAAGCAAGAAGGCUCCAUUUGUUGCCUUCCAGAAGGUCUUUAUUUUACGAGGAUAAACGCUGACCAAAAACGUAAAAAAUGAUAUAGCUUUUUUUUCCAGAACAGUGGCAAGACAUUGAAUUGUCCAAGAUAACAACCUCGUAGAUGUUUGUUCGUAAUUACAGAGCAUUGCAUACCUGUAGCUAACACACAUCAUAAUGCAUCUGUGUGUAAAUAAACUACUGUAUAUUUGUAUUUCUUCUAUUGCUAAAUAAAUAAACACAUAAAAGAAAAAGAUUAAAAGUGAUCUACCCCUAUGGUAUAUGAGUGUACUGUAUGCUGCAACUGGUAUAUAUUAUAUACACAUAGUAUAAAAUGUUGGACAUGUAUGUUUUAUGAGUGAUGUGACCAGGAUCCCAAAUUAUUGUUAAUAUUUAAAGUAUCUAAGCUAUGUGUGAACUUUAGUGAAACAAUAAUCCACUCUAAACACAUACACACACACACACAUAUACAGUAUAUAUAGAAAGAUCUAUAUUCUAUAUGCUAAUGUAUAUAAUGUUUUUUUUCUCAGUGUACAAGUAUACAAAUGCCCUUUGCCUUAUUUGGACAUGAAUAAGAAAGACAUUAUUAUAAGUGGUGAAACGAUCUAUCUCUUUCUC